GUUUAGCCCACAUACCUUCAGUCCUUCCUCACACUGCCGCCAGCCUGGGAACUCUGAGAGCCGGCAGGACCUGGCUUCCCACUGCCUGUAGUGUCUCCCUUACAAACUCUUGAACUUUGUACUGUCUAGUGAGAGACCUGCCUCUCCUGCCCCAAAGCUCUGCUCCCUCACCAUGAAUGGGGUGAGACGUGACCUUUGGAGGUGACUAUAACUGAAGAUUGAAUUACAGAAGCCAAAAAAUUAAAUAAAUAAAAGGUUUUUGAGUCAUGAUGCAAGAAUCUGGGUCUGAGACAAAAAGUAACGGAUCAGCCAUCCAGAACGGGUCCAGCGGUGGCAACCACUUACUAGAGUGCGGGGCACUUCGAGACACUCGGUCCAACGGAGAGGCACCAGCGGUGGACCUGGGGGCAUCAGACCUUGCCCACGUCCAGCAGCAGCAACAGCAGGCCCUGCAGGUGGCAAGGCAGCUCCUCCUUCAACAGCAGCAACAGCAGCAGCAACAACAACAGCAACAGCAGCAGCAGCAGCAGCAACAACAGCAACAGCAACAGCAGCAGCAGCAGCAACAGCAGCAGCAGCAGCAGCAGCAAGUUAGUGGAUUAAAGUCUCCCAAGAGGAAUGACAAGCAACCAGCUCUUCAGGUUCCCGUGUCAGUGGCUAUGAUGACACCUCAGGUUAUCACUCCUCAACAAAUGCAGCAGAUCCUCCAGCAGCAAGUGCUGAGCCCCCAGCAGCUCCAGGUUCUCCUCCAGCAGCAGCAGACCCUCAUGCUUCAACAGCAGCAGCUUCAAGAAUUUUAUAAAAAACAACAGGAACAGUUGCAGCUUCAACUUCUCCAACAGCAACAUGCUGGAAAACAGCCGAAAGAGCAGCAGCAGGUGGCUACCCAGCAGUUGGCUUUCCAGCAACAGCUUCUCCAGAUGCAGCAGCUGCAGCAGCAGCACCUCCUGUCUCUCCAGCGCCAAGGCCUUCUAACAAUUCAGCCCGGGCAGCCUGCCCUUCCCCUCCAACCCCUCGCUCAAGGCAUGAUUCCAACGGAACUGCAGCAGCUCUGGAAAGAAGUGACAAGUGCCCACACCGCUGAGGAGACCACGGGAAGCAACCACAGCAGCCUGGACCUGACCAGUGCCUGCGUCUCGUCCUCGGCGCCUUCCAAGACCUCCCUAAUCAUGAACCCACACGCCUCAACCAAUGGACAGCUCUCGGUCCACACGCCCAAACGGGAAAGCUUGUCCCAUGAAGAGCACCCCCACAGCCACCCUCUCUAUGGGCAUGGCGUAUGCAAGUGGCCAGGCUGUGAAGCAGUUUGUGACGACUUCCCGGCCUUUCUAAAACAUCUCAACAGUGAGCAUGCGCUGGACGAUAGAAGCACAGCUCAAUGUAGAGUACAAAUGCAGGUUGUACAGCAGUUAGAGCUACAGCUUGCAAAAGACAAAGAGCGCCUGCAAGCCAUGAUGACCCACCUGCAUGUGAAGUCUACAGAACCCAAAGCUGCCCCUCAGCCCCUGAACCUGGUAUCAAGUGUCACCCUCUCCAAGUCCGCCUCAGAGGCUUCUCCACAGAGCUUACCUCAUACUCCAACAACCCCAACCGCCCCCCUGACUCCCGUCACCCAAGGCCCCUCAGUCAUCACCACCAGCAGCAUGCACACGGUGGGACCUAUCCGCAGGCGGUACUCAGACAAAUACAACGUGCCCGUUUCUUCAGCAGAUAUUGCGCAGAACCAAGAAUUUUAUAAGAACGCGGAAGUUAGACCACCAUUUACAUAUGCAUCUUUAAUUAGGCAGGCCAUUCUCGAAUCUCCAGAAAAGCAGCUAACACUAAAUGAAAUCUAUAACUGGUUCACACGAAUGUUUGCUUACUUCCGACGCAACGCAGCCACGUGGAAGGGUGCCAUUCGCACCAACCUCUCACUGCAUAAGUGCUUUAUCAGAGUAGAGGAUGAGUUUGGGUCCUUUUGGACAGUUGAUGAUGAAGAGUUUAUACGUGGCCGCCAUAUUCAACGAGGCCGUCCUCGCAAAUACUGCCCCGGUGAAAACUCUGACGAGCUUGGCGCACAUAACCCUUCCCUUAUUAAAAACAUGCAGAGCAGCCACGCCUACUGCACACCUCUCAAUGCAGCCUUACAGGCUUCCAUGGCUGAGAAUAGCAUACCUCUGUACACUACCGCCUCCAUGGGAAACCCUGCUCUGGGCAGCCUGGCCAGUGCCAUCCGGGAGGAACUGAACGGGGCCAUGGAGCAUACCAACAGCAACGAGAGCGACAGCAGUCCAGGCAGAUCCCCUAUGCAAGCCGUGCACCCCAUACACGUCAAAGAGGAACCCCUCGACCCUGAGGAAGCUGAAGGGCCUCUGUCCUUAGUGACAACAGCCAACCACAGUCCAGAUUUUGACCAUGACAGAGAUUACGAAGAUGAACCAGUGAAUGAGGACAUGGAGUGAACCUCUGGGCAGGCUGACCCCCUGAGACCCAAGAGUGGAAGAAAAGCAAAACAAAUUAAAAAAAAAAGAGAGAGAGAAAGAAAAGAAACCACGUCAAAAGUUAGCAGUGAAACCGCCCUCUGCUUCUUGUACAGUCUGGAGGAUUUUCGCUACAUUUUGACGACUCUGAAACGUGUUAACUCUUAGUGCCAUCAAGAAUCCCAUUUGGGAGUAUUUUUGAUUUUUCUACUUUUUGUUGACAAAAGGGAUUUGUACUCUGUGCAUUGGAUGGACCUGUUUGGUACUUGGGAUUUUCCUCUUUGAGUCAACAUCAGUGUUGUAAAUUCGAUAAACGGAUUCACUUUUAGCAGCAGACUUUGAACUGCAGUUUUGCCCGGCCAAUGCCGGGCAGCGAGGACACCCGACUGAGCUCACGGACCUGCGCUGCAGACCAAGCCUUCGCCCGAAAUUCAAGACUCCAGUGGACGACCUAUUUGCACAGCACUGCAUGUUGAUAUCACUGCCUUUACUCACUUUGGUUUGUUUUGUUUUUGUUUUUUUGCUUCCAGUUGGGAUGGGGAAGGCCUUUGUGUGUGUAUUGGGGGGAGGGGUUAAAAAUAAUUAUCCCAAACUUUUUAAUGUAUUGCUUUUUGUUCUUUUUUUCUUUUUCUUUUUUUUUCUCUUUUUUUCCCUUAUCUUUUCUUUUUUCUUUUUUCUUUUUUUUUUUUUUGGCUUCUUUACCAUUUUAAGUUCUGACCUCAGGCCUCCAUUUGGGCCCAGGGCCUCUAGGAGGCUUCGUGUUUCCUGUACCUUGUGAUGAAUGUUAAUAGGCGUUUUUAUUAUACAAAGCUGAAUGUCAUUUCUCGUCUGUAGUUUUCUGGCACUCAUUCCAUUUUUCCUAUAGACAUCACCAUGUUUCUCUCAAGCUUAAAACAAAACAAAACAAAACAUUCCGUUUUGGUCUUUUUCCAAAAAAAAAAAAAAAAAAAAGAAAAGAAAAAAAAAAGAUCCCAAAGGCUGCACCUUCCACCUGAAGGUCCCCGCACAGGGACAUGAAGUCCUGACAGAAAGAGAAUGAAUGACAGAAAAGAGAGAAACGCACGCGUACACACUCUAGGGACAUAGUAGAUUCAUUUCACAAAAGCAGUAUUGGGGGUGGGCUGGGGACUGUUGGAGGUUUUUCUUUUUUUUAAUUCUUCAUAGCACCCACCAUUGUGAGUAACUGCCACCAUAUUCUCUCAGCAUCAGGAAACACAGCCAAAAAAAGAAACAGAAGAGAGUGAACAAUCCUUAAUAGUUAGACUGUCAUGAUGGCCAGGGAAGAUCUUCCCUCCUAUAAUCAAGUGGCCAGGACCGCAGGCCCCUUGCCAUCCUUACCCGCAUAGGUUGCUUUGUUUGCAAAAUGACCAAAAGCCAGCAUGGUGACAAGGCUGAGUUUGUACAUCAGUUCAGACCUGCUUGGUGGCAUUCAUCUGUUUUAAUGCAAGUGAGACUUCACACUGAACUUGUUAUGGGAGUUAAUGAGUACGGAGCUCACGAGCAGGCUAAGUCGGUACUGCAGCUCGGUCUGCAGUGAGUGAGCACCACACCCACCACCCCAGUAGCACAGACAUCACAGAAGAGGGCACCAGGUAGACAGAGGCACCUGGGACCGGGGCCCUCAGCCCUCACACCCCUCCACACUUCCGUCUGCACCCGCUUCCCUGGCAUUUAUUUAUCUGGGGCUGUAGCUUUUGUUUGGGUUUAGUUCGAGAGCCUUUUGGAGCUUAAUUUAUAUACUUUGUACCUUUUUAUUUCUAAAAUUACCAAAGAUAUUACGCAAAGGUAAAUUAUUUUCUUUUAUGCUUUAUCUGAUGAAGCCAAAUAUCCUCUUAUUGUUGAUCAAAGGAGGCAAAAAGGAUUCAGAGGCAAAUGAUGAGGUCCAGGCUGUUUGCCAACCUGAGGGAAAUUACUGCCCGUCAGCAGAGUUCAUUUAGCAGACUAUGUAGGCAAUGGAACCAAAGUUUUUUACUUUAUUUUUUUCUAGGGUUUUUUUUUUUUUUCCUUCUUUUCUCUACCUGUAGAGAGACCAAAACUAUCUCCUAUAAGGAGAAAAUACAGGACUACUGCAGAGAAAAGAAACCAAGACAACAGUAUUAUAGCUCCUAUGGAAAGAAUGGGCUAUCAUCUCAAAGAAAAAGAAAUGAAUGUAUGAUGCUGAAAAUUAGUAUAUAAUCGAGGAGACACUUAGGAUGAAUUCAGAGAGAGAACAGAGAAGUGUCUGGCCGCUUGAGGCCACUUCUCGAAUAAAGAGAUUUUUAGAACGUUCGUAUGCCACUUUUGUUUAAGGGCUGUGCUCUGAUCACUGCGUUAAUUUUGGUUUAUCCUGGCAUUUAUCCUCUGGUUUCCUUCUGCUCUUUGUUGUUUUUUUCCUUUUUUAAAUUAUGAUUUGGUCAGUGUUUUUCAUUUACACACAAAAACAAGGUGACAUUCCCAUCCACUCAUAAGCUUAGACUAGAACGUCUUUGGCAAUUAUUUCUGAAGGUUUGCUCUGCUUUCUAUAGAGGGGCGGGUCUGUGGCUAUUCACGCCCCCCCCCCAACCCCCUCUUUUCCAGGCAGCUUCAUGAUGUGCAGGCAGUAGCCAGGCAGGGUCAUGGGAAGGGGGCCCUGUGCUUCUAAACUGAGUGGUUGCUGGUUAGAUAUUCAAAAGAGGAUAAAAAUCUGGUAGAUUAGUUCAUUCUCAGCAUGUGUAGCUAGACAAGGGUAAAGGUAACAGCAUGAGGACUGUUAGUACGCAUACCUCAGUUCAAACCUUUAGGGAAUGAGUAAAAAAAAAAAUUAAAAAUAUACCUUUCACUCAGUCGCACUUAGUCGUAUGUCUUGCAUGCUUAGUCUAAAGACUGUAGCAAAGGAGAUAAAUAAAAAAGAAAAAUGAGAUUUUAUGUAUCUUCGCAGGUGUCCUAGCCUUGCAGAAGAGCCAACUGAAAAAAAAAAAGUUCUCAGGCUUUACAGCAAGCAAUCUUCACUCUGACUUUUACAGUUCUGAUUCUGUCCCUUGGGGGGAUUACGGUCGCUUCUUUAGAAUGGGGUUGAUUCCUUUGUACAUAUAUCCCGGAUGUGUCUGUGUGGAUCUUUGUCUUUUGGGGUGGGCGAGGGGAGGGUUUUUUUGUUUUGUUUUGUUUUUUUAAUUAUUUUAUUUUUUAGGUAUUGUUCCUAAAAAGGAAUAAAUGCAUACACCUGUUUGUCAAAACAUCUUUGCUUUUUGUGCAACUGCAUUUUACUAAUGAUACAUUUUUUUAAAAAAAAAAAAAAGGAAAAGAAAAUAGCAUCUUUGGGGGGGGGAAUCUCUUGUAUGUAAUGGAUUUGCAGCUGAUGCACGUGUACUUUAUUUCAUUACCCUUGAUUUACAAACAUUGGAUGACAUGUUGAUCUGUGGGAAGUAGGAAAAAACUCCACACCUCCCUCCCUUCCUCCUUGCCCUCCCCCUCCUCUC